AUGAAGCUUCAUUUAAUCCUAAUUAUUUUAUCAGCAUCUACUUGUGUAAAGUGCUCCUCUGUAGAUGUUGAUCUUGCUUCUGUGAUCAAUAAAGUACAAACUAUCGAUGACAAUGAAUCAGUUCUACAAAUAAUUCAAAAUUUAGCUCCAAGUGGACUCGCAAGAGUCAUUCCAUAUUUUAAUCGAGACUGUGUUACUCAAAAAUUAGGACUUACAAAUUUUGUUCAAAGCAAAGUUUAUGAAAUAAAAGAUUUAAAUUUAUUUUACAAUUUAAAUGCAAAAAAUAAGAAAAUCAUCACGGCUGUUGAAUUAGCUGGACGGCUAUGCACAAAAGAUUCUAAAACUUUUGAUGAUAAAUUAAUCAUUGAUUCAAUUGAAUCUCGAUACUUAUUGCUGGGAAUGGAAAUGAUAUUUCCAAAUGCAAAAUUAGAUACGCAAAGAACAAUCGAAUGCUUUAAAUGGGCAAUAAGUAAAGUCAAGCCAAACUCACCACUUCUUGAGGGAUUCAAGUUAAGUUCCAUGAAAUAUUCAAUCGAGCAAUGCAAAGAAUCUACAUCAAUCACAGAUUACUCUAACAUUAUGGAUAAAAAUAGGCAAAUUCUUGACAUUCAUUCAUGUGAUUCAGAAGAGUAUGGACAGCAUGAAUCCACAGCUAUCAGCACCAUGGAAUUCUUUGUAUUAGGUGAAUUGCCAUUCAUAAAAAUGAAUGAAAUGCAAGGAAUUUUAAGGCAGUCUUUCAUAAAAGAUGAAUCAAAAGUGUUGGAGCGUCAACUUGUAUGUAUUCUGAGAGAUCUGAGCGAGUAUUGA